UCCUCCAGCACGCUGAUCCACCUCAGCUCAAGACAACAUCAUUCGAACGCAAUCAACUCUCCAAAUACCCAGGAUUGGCUCCGCGAGCACAUCCCAGGCACCUCUCGCCCCGGCACCUGGGGCAAUAGCAAAGAGGCUCGUGUCUGACGACGCCCUAGCGGCCUCUCGCCCAAGAUGUCUGGCGUCGAUGCCGCGGCCACCACAGCCUCAACCCCUGGCUCGAGAACGCCGGAAAGCAACCAGAAAGGUUUCACGCCGCUUGUCGCUGUGGUCGACUUCCACCAUGCACGAGGACCCGAGGUAGAACGCUGGUUUGGCGUCGAAGAAGGCAGAGAUCCGGCAGAGGACUGGGCCUGGCCGAACCUGCCUUUCAUGGCUCUUAGCGACGGUGCUCACGCCUCUACAGAAGACUUCUCCUACUUCACCCUGCUACGGCCUGCUACGGGCGACGGACCGGCCACUUCGCUGUUCGGAAUUUCAUGCACACGACAACUCGAUGCCUCCCAGCUCCUCAAUCGACCUCCCGAGGUAACACGAUCGACGGUCCAGAAGGCAGUAGUGGUGAUUGCCGACACGCCGCAAUUCUUCGGCAUGCUUCGAGAACGUCUCUCCGUCGUAACAAGUGCAUGGUUUCUGCAGCGGGAGUUCACCGACGUUGAAAUCCUGCGCAGAUUUCAGGACAGUCUUGCGGAAGAAAAGGAGCGUGGGCAGCUGAGCGAGGCUGAUAGGGAUCAGUAUCUGGGCAUGAGCUUGAGAGAGCUUGUCAGAGAGUUCAAAUGGCAGACUCUUGUCCUGCUCAAGUGUUGCUUGCUUCAGCACAAGAUGCUCUUCUUCGGAUCGCGCUGCGAACGUCUUUGCAUGAUGCAGUUCUCCCUUGUGUCUCUUAUUCCAGGACUUCUACGAAACCUGGAGGAUUGUGCGGGACCAGAGCUUAACAAUUACGAGAAGAAUCUGAAGCAGCCUACAAGCUUGCGGACGAGUGAUCGUUCGUCUCUGCUUGCCUACAUGGGACUGCCUCUUCAAAUUUUCGGACAGGGUAGCUUAUUUGGUCCCUACACACCGCUGCAGCAACUUGAUCUUCUGGCAGACCAGAAUACGAAAUCAUAUAUUGUCGGAAGCACGAACUCUCUUCUUUUACAGCAGAAAGAUCGAUACAGCGAUAUCCUCAUCAACCUCGAUGACAAAACAAUCAACAUCACUUCAAGCUCAUUGCGAUCCGCGUUGGCAUUAUCGCACGCAGACAGGCGGUGGAUUGACGCGAUCACGCAGGAGGUUAACGACACCUGGGAUGAAGCAAAUCCUGGCCGGCCUAAGACCAUGGGCUACCGCGGCAGCGAGGAGUUCAUCCGUUUGCAGUUCGAGGAGUAUCUCUUGUCGCUAAUAUCCUCGGUCAAGUACCAUAACUACCUGGCACAGAACUCACUUAAUCCCCGAGCCGCGCUGCCACAUAUCGAAGGUGACCCGGCACACGACUUCAACACUGACUGGAUUGAUGUAUGGGAAAGGACGAAUAACUAUCGCCUUUGGGUAUGCAACACGGACUCCCACCUCUUUGAUAUUGUCGAGCCCAGGCACCCUUGCGCGGGUGGAUUGAGCGUCGACGACGUUCAGCGCCGAAUCCAGCAGCAGGUUCAAGAUAUGCACCUGGACGAACGAUUUGCAGUCGCAGGAGAGGUCCUUGGCCGCAAUCUCGCAGCUGGGCGUGAGAAGGCAAACACAAUCUUCAAUAAACUAUACUCUGACAUGGAGGCCAUGCGGGAGGCACAAAGAAGACGCGCUGAGGAGGCAAGAUCGCCGCCUCCAUCUGCGGGACUCCCUCCUGCCGGUGCGGGUCAUAAUGACGACCACAUGAAUUCAACUGCAACAUCAUCAGUCGGCGCCAAAGCUGGUGCUUACAUUGGUAGCUGGACAUCGUGGGCGAGCCAGAAGCACAAACAAGCCUGGGGCCGGCCAAGUGCUAGCGAAAAGGUGUCUUCGCUCAAUACCUCAUCUACCAACAGCAGUUCUGGCGGCAGCGGGGGAUGGACAUCCGCAUGGGGACGCAAGUCGCGAUCCACCGACUCGGAGCGAACAACGCCGGUUCAAAGUCCUAUUACACCGCACGCACCCAGAUUCUCGAUGCGGUCUGGCGUCUUCAACGACAAUAACGACACAGCGCAAGUGCCUAGCGGCUACAGCGCCGUGAGGCCAUCAACGCAGGACAGCUUUGGUGAGAGCAUGCUUGACAGCGCAAUGUCCGACAGUGGGCGCGAGUCCGUGUCCACGGCGCCGCCGAGUCCUGAGAGGAGACGAGAUGCUCCAUCGGCACCUCUUGCCGCGUCAUCUGCGGCCGUUGCUUCUCCUCGACCCGUACAGACUUCAAGUACGGACACCACAGCCACAGCAGAACAGCCAAAACCAGACUUGUCCGCGCCAGCGACGACCGCGACCGGUACGUCGAUGCAGGGUGACAGACAGCCGGCAGCGGACGACGAGCCAGUCCCCAGUACGUCCUCUGCGAGCCAGGAGCCCAAGCCAUAAACAGAUGGACCAGAUGAGCUGCGAAAGGGUCAAAACGCGGCAGUGAAGGUCUCGUAUCAUACACUCGGAAGCUUAAUGAAAGGCACGGACAUGCAUCGAAUCCACAUAAUCGGCAUCGGCAUCGCAAUUUCUUGGGUUCAGGAACGAAAUCAGUUAGAUCAUUGUAUAUAUCGCGUGCACACACGGGCCACGCUGGCUUUGAACGAAUGAGGAAGACAUGAUUCCUUGAUUGAAACUCAUUCAAGCCCGAUCAAUCGCUUGUGAAAUAGUAACCCACCUCUGCAUUGGUGCACUCUGCACAUUUGUCGGCACAUCACGCCCGUUCCACAGCAUAGCGAGUUAAGAAGAGUAUAC